AUGGCGCCGCCCAUGUGCGUCGAAUGUGAGGAUACGGCGGCCGCUGUCCGCUGCGAGGACUGUGAGGAUGUAUAUUGUCCCCUCUGCUUUGAGGCGCAGCACCAUGCUGGAUCUCGUUUGCGUCACACCAAGACAGUCCUUCCAGGGUCCAGUAGCGACGUCUCAUCCAAUGAUAAUGCCUCGCCAAUUCCACCUCCCGAGCCCACCCAGCCUCCUCCGUCUCCUGCAGAGGAGGAAUCGACUCCACCACCGCCUUCAGUCCCACCUCCAUCUCCUAUGAAACCUUCAUCAGCCAAUGAAGCACCAUUAACGAGUGAAUCGGAGGAGGAAGGCGACAGCCAGGAAGAAGAUGCUGACGAUGACGACGAGCUGAUGCGCGAGAUCGAGGAGGCACCGUCGGCGCUCAUGAAGGACGCAGCGUACAUUCCAUUGCGACUUAACGAGGAGGAGCGCGCGCUAUUUAAUCUGCUGGACGCGGCGCUCAACGUCAGUGAAUACACAGACAAAGUGGACGUUUUGUCCUACCGCUCACCGGUGAAUCGCGUGAUUCAUGAACUGAACGAGGCAUUCGGCGUGCUUUCUGGACUGAUGAUCGCCAAUGAUUUCCGUCAGGGGCGUCGACUCGUGCAGGACAAGCAGUUCAAGGACAAUGAGGAGUUCUUUCGACAGGUGUUUGAGAUCGGGCGUCGCUACAAGAUAAUGAAUCCGGAGCGCAUGCGCAACAACUACGGCAAAAUGAUAUACUUGCUGCAGGACGCCAAUUUGCGUGAGAUUAGGAACUAUCUGGGCUUUUCGUGUGUGGCGCCCAUUAAGACGGUGGCAUCGCUGCUCCACGAACGGCACGCGUUGGAGAUGCUGCGUGAUACGCGCUGUGUGGUGGCGACAUCUGUGGCUGCUGUCGACCCCAAUCUACGAGCUGACUCAGAAGCUAUGCAGCGCUUCUCACGUGACAAGCAACAAGCAAUUGAGGAGCUUGUGCGGGACUACUCGUCAGCGUCGCUGUCGGAAGAAGAAAUCCGUCUGUGCCUUGCAUCCAUUUCCGACAGCCAGAGCUAUCUGGCGUCGAACAGGUCGCCAAUCACGCGAAUGAUCGACUAUUUGGAGAAGUAUUUCACCCCAGAGAAAGCAGAGCCCGGUUUCAGUCUCGACAUUCGGGCCGGCAAGAACGGUGCGCGACUCAGUCACAGCCACGCCAGCCAGUAUGAGUACGUGUUGCAGUCACUGCUUCUGUGGAAGAACAUGACAACGUCGAUGCUGCGUUUGUGGUGGGUCGCGGAGGAGGAUUUGCUCGGCGGCAGCAUGUACCGCCUCCGCGAUACCGGCCAGGGUCUCAACCGCAUGCAGCACGCACCCGAGACGUCUCAUCUCGUGCACUCGAUCUUGCACCACACACAGAAACUGCGUCCUCGUUGGGUGGGCUCUUCCGUGGUCCAUCUUGGCGACCACAACGUGCCGAACGCACUCAUGUUCAUCGACAAGUACACGCAAAUUUCGCGCAUUCUCAGCCCGAUUGUCAACACGGUGCACGACAUCCCGGCGCUCGCAGCGCAGCCCAACACGCGUGCGUAUAUCGAAGAAAGUUUCGGAGGCGCCCAGACGCUGCAGAAGCGUAUCCUGUGCGACUUUUUUAAGCACGGCUUCGAUGGCAGCGGAGCGGACAAUUUCUUUGAUGCCGGCUCGUGCAUUGAUGGCCGCCUCACGAGUGCCUGGAACUGGUGCUCGCGGAUAGAGAAGAAAUCUUUUUUCCACGUGUUCCUCAUGGCCGGCUUCGUCGGCUUUGACGGACACUUUGAGAAGUAG